CAUUAACGAGAGGACUUAUGCUCACCUUCGCGUUAGGUUCAUCUCAGCUCCAAAACCUCUAAAAGAAAAGAAAAUAAUUAUAAUAACAAUAAAAAUAGAUCGUGUUAAUAGAGAGAUCCUCUGGUAUAUAAUUCUUUGAUUCCUUGGCAAAAACUCAAACGUAUAACAAUCACAAUCCAGUUACAAUCGAGCUCCUAAGGGAUAAACUCAUGGCGACAGCUACUAUGGCUACAGCAGCAGGGGCAGCUGCUUUAUUGUACUAUACAUUAAACCGGAAGUUACAAUCAGCAACUUCUCAUCAUGACGAUGAUGAUAAUAACAUUGUGAACAGUAAUGUUCCUUUAGGAAUUGAACGUGUAUCGCAUAGGUUAAUUCAAGCACCCGCAACAUGGUUAGAGACGAUUUCUACUUUAUCAGAGACUCUUAGGUUUACUUACUCUGAGACUUUAGGCAAGUGGCCCAUCGGUGAUUUGGCUUUUGGUAUCAAUUUUUUACUCAAGAGGCAGGGAAACUUGCAUGUCAGCAGCGUUUUUGGUGGUAAAGAUAGUAUAGAACUGAAAGGGUCAGAAAUAAAAAAUGAACUUAGGUAUCUCUUAAAUCUGCUGACCCUGUGCUGGCAUUUCUCCAAAAAACCUUUUCCGUUAUUUUUGGAGGAGACAGGAUACACUGACGAAACUGUUCUCCUUCAAGAACCUAAAGCAGGAAUAUUGAAGCCGGCCUUUACAAUUUUGGUUGAUCACAAAACAAAAUGUUUUCUUUUAUUGAUUAGAGGGACACAUAGUAUCAAGGAUACUUUGACUGCUGCAACAGGAGCUGUUGUGCCAUUUCAUCAUACUGUAGUGCAUGAGGGAGGAGUAACCAACUUAGUACUAGGUUAUGCGCAUUGUGGAAUGGUUGCAGCUGCUCGGUGGAUUGCAAAACUUGCGACUCCUUGUAUCAUAAAGGCUCUUCGGCAGUUUCCUGAUUAUAGAAUCAAGAUUGUAGGACAUUCUUUGGGUGGAGGUACUGCAGCUCUUUUAACAUAUGUAUUGCGGGAGCAGAAGGAAUUGUCUACAACUAGCUGUGUUACAUUUGCUCCAGCUGCUUGUAUGACAUGGGAACUGGCUGAAUCGGGCAAUGAUUUCAUUACUUCUAUUAUAAAUGGAGCUGACUUAGUGCCUACAUUUUCGGCUGCUUCAGUAGAUGAUUUGCGUGCAGAGGUGACAGGUUCUGCAUGGUUGAAUGAUUUAAGAAAUCAGAUUGAGCAUACAAGAAUUCUUAGUACCGUCUAUCGUUCUGCAUCAGCAUUGGGUUCCCGUCUUCCAUCCAUUGCGAGUGCUAAAGCAAAGGUUGCUGGGGCAGGGGCAAUUCUUCGUCCAGUUUCCAGUAGUACACAGGUUGUGAUGAAGAGAGCCCAGAGCAUGGCUCACGCAGCAUGGACCACACGUCCUUCCUUUCACCUGUCUUCAUGGUCAUGCAUCGGUCCCCGUCGUCGUCUAGGCACAACUGCAUUUACCAAUUCAGCAGAUGGGAGUGUACUAACAUCUUCCUCUGGAGCAGAAAUCUCGGAGCCACUUGUAUCUCCCAAAAGUACUACAAAUGGCAUAGAGUCCAUUGACCUUGCUGUAUGUACUGGAGCAGCAGAAUGGACUUCAGAGAUUGAAUGUUGUACUGAUGAGACAGUUAACCAUGUUAAUAUAGAAACUGAUCUUGACGAUGGUGAGGACUGCAGGAGUGAUACACAUGAAGACCCAAUGAAUGAAGUUGAGUUGUGGCAACAACUCGAGCAUGAGCUCUAUGAUAGAACAAAUGACGAGGACGCUGCUGUGGCGAACGAAAUAAGGGAAGAAGAAGCUGUCGCGAUGGCGGAGGUAGGUGAAAGUCAGUCUGAAACCACUGCUCUCGAACCAAAGGAAGUGCACAGAUUCUUCCCUCCAGGAAAAAUCAUGCAUAUUAUUACCUUUCAAUGUGCAAAUGCAGAGGGUGAAGCUAAUAGCCCUUCCAGUAGUGCUUCAGACAGUGCCCAGCAGUCAGUUGGCGAGGCUAAAGUUGGGAUUUUCCUCGCUCCAAGAUCACUUUAUAGUAAACUGAGGCUUUCUCAAACUAUGGUUAGUGACCACUUUAUGCCUGUCUACCGGAGACAAAUUGAAAAACUAAUUACAGAACUUGAGGAGGAGGAAUCCAACAAUAAUGGCGCAUCGCAACAAGAAUUAGUACUAUAGUAAAAUGAAUCACCGACACACACACUUGUGAAUAAUCAUUAUAUCUGAAAGAUUUUAGACAUUUUCCUACUUAGAGAUGGAAAGGAUUUCAGGAAUUCGUUGAUUGGGAUUGUUGAAGUGCAUCAGGACUAUCAGUCGUAUAGAUUUUUCUCCAGGAGAGACGAUCGGGGCCACUUUAUAGUUUAGUCUUUAGUUCUAAAUUGUGUUGGUUUUCAUUUUUCUAAUAAGUUGAGCUGUACAUAUUAUAACCAUUGUUUAAUUUUUAUUUUUUUUCGAUUAUUCAUGCAAA